CAGCGAGCCACCCGGCCCACCCCUUCCCCGCUCCGGGCUCUCGGCCCUGACGACCGGGGCCUGCCCCGACCCGGCUCCACCGGUCAUCGGGACGUGACCGCAACGCGACACAGCGGGAGGCCGCGGCGCUGGCGCUGGCGAGGCCGAGGCACAGCGGCGCCAGGCCAGGGACCACGCGGCCGCGGCCGCCUCUAGGGCAUGCGCGCGGCAGCCACCGCGCGCCACCCCUCGCCCCCGCUCGCGUCCACGUGAGCCGCACCGCCACCACCACCACCACCACCACCUCCUCACCCCCCGCCGCGGCCGAUGGCCCAACCCCCACCCAGAAAACCCGAACCGCCCACCACCCAUACCCCGCCCUUCCUCGCCUUAUCCUCCUCCACCGCCGCCGCCGCCUCCAUCUAUUGCGCCCAACUACUCCCCAGUCGCCGCCCGCGCCAGAUCUAGAUCUGGAAUUGCCGUGACCGCGGAUGAUGGCCGCGGGGGCGCACGACGACGCCGACGAGCCGCCGCGGCGGUCCGCGCUUAAGAAGAGCGCGCCGGCGCAGCCGUGGUCGGAGGUGGAGACCUUCCACCUCAUCGACGCGUACGACGAGCGCUGGACGGCGCUGGGGCGCGGCCAGCUCAAGGCGCAGCAGUGGGAGGAGGUGGCGGCGGACGUCGCCGCGCGCUGCGCCGCCACGCCGGGGGUCACCGUCCAGCGCAAGACCGGGACCCAGUGCCGCCACAAGCUCGAGAAGCUCCGCAAGCGCUACCGCACCGAGGCUGCCCGCCCCGUCACCUCGCUCUGGACCUUCUUCCGCCGCAUGGAUCAGCUCGAGCGCGGGCCCCUCGCCGUCUCCUCCGCCUACCCGCCCGCGGCUGGCUCCCCGACGGGCGCCGCCUCCGACGAGGAGGAGGAGGAGGAGGAGGAGGAAGAAGAAGAGGAAGAGGAAGAGGAAGAGGAAAACGAGGAGGAAGAGGAAGAGCUCGUCCCCCGGAACAACAACACCAGGAGCAUCAACGGCAUCAUCCGGGAAUUCGGCAGCGGCCUCGCCCCGCGCCACCCGCAGCUGCAGCUGCAGCAGCCGCCUUCUUCAAUCACGCCUUCCACCGCGCCUCCGCGGAAGAGAGUGGCCUACGAGGCGUUCCAGGCCAAGGCCGCGGCCGCCGCCGCGGCGGCGGUUGCGGCGGACAAGGCCAAGGAAGAGGAGGUCGAGCUGUUUCGCCGUCCCUCUGGCCGUGGGGGAGCCAACGCCCAGCUCUCGGCGGUGCUGAGGGAUUUCAGCGAGGGGGUCAUGCGGCUGGAGCGCCGGCGCAUGGAGAUGCAGUGGGAGAUCGAGCGCGGGUGGCAGGAGACGGAGGCCCGGCACGCCAAGAUGCUCCAGGAUGCGCAGCGCCAGCUCCGGGACACCGUCGCCGCCUCCUGCGCCCUGCCGCCGAAGAAGGCCAGGAGGGACUACGGCAGCAGCGGCGACUCCUAGCAACUGACGGUUGGUGAUCUGAUGGUGGUGUUCUGUUAGGACUGGCACCUCCAUAGUGUCAGUAUAAUGUUGGACCUGUUUAUCAUCACAGUUGUGCUUGUAAGCUUCGAUGCUCUCAGGAGAUCCUCAGCACUCAGCAGAACCGGUAGUACGUGAAUGAGUGGCCAACUAUACUACACUGAAGAUGCUUUGUGGUGAUAUAAGAACCCAGUAACAUCAUCUCAUUCCUGUGUGUAAGAGAAUGCUUGCCUUGAUGGUACACCAGCCAUCAGGGAAUUUCAGAAGUUGUUUCCAUCGUUCAAGUUGAACCCUUCUCUAGCUAGCUGCUUAAUUGUUUCUGUAAAACCUCCGGUGAAUUGCUGAGCUAGCCAUCUACUUUGUGAAGCAUUCUUGUUUCUGUAAAAUCUAGCUUUUGUAAUUGGGAUUCUCCACAAUACUAGAGGGCCUACAAAUUGUGCUUAAAAUUUUUAA